AAACAUUCAGCCGUAAGCACGAGUCUCAGAGAAUCCGGAACAAGGAACACCGUUUCCGGGACUCGAUUCGUUCCGCGAUCGGUUUGAGGAAAAUAAAGUGGACGGGGACAAAGCUGAGGGAUAAUUAGCAACGCUGUCCAGGCGGCGAAAGUAAACACGGAGCGAGGCCGGGGAGGACGGCGCCUUGAGGAGGAAGAAGCAUCAUCAUAUCUGCAGAGACGUGGCUCACUCUAGACGUGCGGCUUCUCAAAUCUCAGGAUGGACUGGACUGCUGAUUUGGAAAAGGCAAAAGAGCAUAUUAUGUGCUACUAAGCAUUCCCCAGCUGCAAAUAAGUGAAAUGCAAAGCGAAAUGUCAAACUUUGAUGGGUUACCAUUAUCAAGGGAAAUGCAGGAUUUACAAAAUCGAUUUAAUACAAUGAUGCAAAGAAUCAACAGCAACUCAAAGGUUGCAGCAUUCGUGAAUUCCUCUUUGGGACAGUACCUGGAUGAGCAUCCCUUCCUCGCCUUAUUACUGAUAGUUUUUACCAUAAUGUCGGCUGUGCCGGUUGGCUUAUUCCUGAUCUUUGCAGUGAUUACAUCCCUUCUAGCCUGUAUUGGGUUCAUUGUUAUGGAAGGUGUGUUGUUGUCAGUUGGUGGAGUCGUUCUCCUUUGUUUUCUGUGCGGGAUGAUUCUCAUUUCGUUGGCCAUCUCUUCUCUUCUGGCUAUGUGCUAUUUCACUUUUUCAACAACAAUGAAUUAUUAUCACAGUUCAAGCAUUCCAAGCAAGAAAGGAGAAACCAUCAUCAGCUCCACAACAAAAUUGUGUCCAGAGGAUACAGAAUCUAAAUCCACCUUGAAGUUACAAUAGACUCAAUGUACAGUUAGGUUAUGUAUUAACUUCUAUUUAUGGAAAAUUUAUUUUUAAUGUUACGAAGAGGGCUCUUUGUGUGGAUGUUACAUCUCAAGCUAAUAGGUUUAGAUUUCUAUCAGAAUUUCUGACCAGUUUAAAGUUAUAGGAAAUUUGCAUCAACCUAUGGCCAUUUUGAUGGCUUUUAGUUACUACCUGAUAGUAAUAUUUUUGAUCUGUUAUUUGUUGUAACAUUGUAAUUAAUAACAGAUAAUCCACCAAAUUGCUUUAAUACAUUUUGAAAUACAAACUGGAUGAGAUAGUUUCUGCUAUUUAAGAAGUUUGAAAAGGUUAGAAACACUGUGAAAUCCAACAUUAGAGAAGGAAGUAAGUUUUUAUGGCUCGUACAUAAAAAUUCUCAUUCUAUACUUGCUUAAAUUCUCAUUAAAGUAUUGUGCUUAAAGAGAAACAUGAUCCAUUUCUAGAGAGGGGAGGGAGGAGGGAGAGAUUGAUUAACUAGAUUUGAAUUGGGUUUACUAAAAUGAAAGUCACCAAACCUGUUAUGUCCCCUCAUUAUAUUCUACAUAACUUGAAAUUAUUUGCAGAGUGUAUAGUAAUAAUAUACAGUUAAGACUUAUUUUAAACUAUUGUUGCUUCAUGUUACAUAACUAAUUAAAUGAAUAAAAGUGAACUUUUUACAUAAGA